AUGUGUGCAAGUCUUGAAUCGACCUCGAAGAUAUCAUCAUUCCAAUUCGCGAUCGUAACUACCAGUAUGUUUUAUAGAAGGAAAAAGCAAUUGCAACUUCUUCCUUUAAGCAUCUUGAAACAUUUCAAAGGAGUUGUUCGCUUCACUGUGGAUCCCAGAAUAUGUUCAUCUUUUCCAAACUGUUCAGUUUUCUUAGUAUGCAUAUCUGUACUCCCAACAAGAAAUGUGGACAAGUCCUAUGGUGAAUUUGAUGAUAUCUUGAUUUCUGCUUUCCAAUGGUGUGCAAAGCUACGACGUUUUUCAGAGUGGGCAUCCUUGCCAGUGGGAAUCCUGGACUUAAUCCUCAACCGAUUAAUCCAACUCUCCGACUAUCUCCGUUUCUCGGCCGUGUGCAAGCCAUGGUUCUCGGUUGCCGCCCAUCACAAGGAUCGCCGUUGCAGAGAACCUCACAACCAGGUAGUUCUGUUUUUGUUGAUACCUUCAUCCAAUCAGAGUCCGGAGGCGAGGGAGGCGGAGGACGAAUGCAGGAGACUUUACAGCGUUACGCAAAAAAAGGUUCUCAACACAGAGCUACGAGUUCCUUAUCCUCGAAGAAACUGUGAUUCUUCGCAUGGAUGGUUAGCAAACUUGGAAGUGGAGGACAUGAGCAUUACACUGCUGAACCCCUUCUCUGGUAAGUCCCUCCGGUUCCCUCGGGUAAAUACUGGAUGUUCUAUCUCCAAUUCGGCCUGGCGUCAUACAAUGCAGUAUGAGUUCGAUGUCGCUAAGGUUGUUUUGUCAUGUGAUCCUUGUUCGAGUCCAAAUGAUUUUGUUGUUUUGGCAAUUUAUGGUCUUACGAAAUUAUUGGCCUACAUCAAACCAGGCCAGAAGCGUUGGACUUACUUAUGGGGUUUCAAUCGUUUUGAGGAUGCCAUAUAUCAUAGGGGAAAGUUUUAUGUUGUAGAUAUAGAUUCUUGUGUACUCUCCCUUGAUGUUAGCAAAAGCAACGCUCAAGUUAUAGAGGUCGCUCCUCGAAUUCCCACUCGUUUGGACAAGUCAUAUAUUGUAGAAUCAUCAUCUGGGGCAGACUUGCUGUUGGUUCAGAGGUUUUGAAAAACCAAAUAUUCAUUAAAGUGUGAGAUGACCUUUUCUUUUAAAAUCUUUAAGUUGUUGGGCUUAGGUAGCAGCAGUGACGACAGUGGCUGCAACAACGAUCAACAAAUCAUUAAGAAAGUUGAAAUCACAAGUUUGGGCAAUGACAUUAUUCUUGGGUGACAAUUACUCUCUCUGCAUUUUGGCUUCACAUUUCCCUGGGUGCCAGGCAAAUUGCAUUUACUAUACUGACAAUUGCGCCCACAUGUGUUGUGAUUAUACUUUUUCUGGACCUCAAGACACAGGUAUUUAUUUCGUUGAGAAGAGAUAUUUUGCCCGGCAUUACCAAAUGAAUACAAGAAAACUAAAGAGUUUGCCCAUGCCCGUGCCCAUGCCUCCUCCAAUCUGGAUAGUGCCAACGCUGCUGUGACACUCUUUCUACAAGGUGUGCUCUAGAGUCGGUAUUCUUUUUUGAAUGUUCAUCUUUAGUCUAUAUUGAUUAAAGGUAUUUAUGUUUCUAAUGCGUUAGUUUCUUAGAGUUGGUUGGUCAAUAAGUAAUAGAAUAGCUUCCAUGUUUUGCUUCCUUUUUCAUACUCAGCUUAUGAACAGAUCUCUAAGCCACUAUGUUGUGUUUUGACAA